AUGGCAAAACGCACACUUGACUCAUUCUUCAAACCAUCAACCACACCCCCAAAACGUCCCAAAACCGAACCUACCGAGUCCACCACCUCAACCCCAGAGACAAGCAAUAUCCCAAUUGAAGACACCAAACCCCCAAGCCAACACCCAAGCUAUCCAAUCCCAAUCACUCAACUCCCCUCCCACAUCGAAGUCGGCCUAGAACACGCAACACCAGCAGCCUCACCCCUCGAAAUAAACAACCAACCCCACCUCGACCUCCUUUACUUCCAACCGUACAUCCCCCGCCCAACAGCAAACGAGCUAUUCAAAUUCCUCCGUCGCGAACUCCCCUUCUACCGCGUCCAAUACACAGCCCGACGCGGCGACAUCGAAACGCAAAUCAACACACCAAGAUGGACAACUGUCUUCGGAGUUGAUGAAACAUCGACAUUCAUCCAACAAGACAACGACCUGGUACUCCUAGAAACAAAGACCAAAACACCAACCCCGAAAACCAAAUACCAGUGCACGCCGCGUCCAAUACCAGCAUGUCUCGAUCUCCUACGGAAACAAGUCGAAGCAGCGAAUGCAACCGCAUCAGGUCCUAAAAACCCCAGCUACAAUUUCUGCCUGGUAAAUUACUACGCCAGCGGCGAGGACAGCAUCGCCUUCCACUCAGAUGACGAGCGUUUUCUCGGUCCCGAACCGAACAUCGCCUCGCUAUCUCUAGGCGGCGAGCGGGAUUUCCUAAUGAAGCAUAAACCCUUUUCCGGAGGGAAUGUGAACCAGACGACGGGUGGAUGCGUUCCUGGUGCACAUGCAAUGUCCGGUCCGGGUGGUACCGGUGUGACGCGGAGUCGUACAGCAGGUGGAACAUUGAAUACCGUAUCUCCUGGAUCCAGGCCUGGUACGGUCCCACGGCAGAUUAAGAUGAGUCUUGGGUCCGGCGAUAUGGUUGUUAUGCGUGGUGCGACGCAGUCGAAUUGGUUGCAUAGUAUUCCUAAGCGGAAAGGGAAGGGGGAGAUGACGAGGGGACGGAUCAAUAUUACCUUUCGACGGGCUGUUGUUCCUGGUGGGACGAAUAAUUAUUAUCAUUAUAAUGUUGGUAGUGGGGGGAUGUAUCGGUGGGAUGAGGUAGCCAGGGAGAUGGUUCUGCGGGAUGGGAAGGGGGAGAGAGCUACGGGGUAG